AUGCUUAGAUCUUUGGACUCCAAAUCCUCAGCCUUCAAGAUUUCUGAGAACUGUAAGUCUUCUGAAUCGGUGCAUUCGGAUCAAAAAUGGAGUUCUCUGCAUUCAUACAUUUGGAAUGAUGAAAACAGAACACAGGAGACUAUAGCUACACCAACUAGACCAAUUAGAAAAUUUUCCAGUACACGAACCUGCUGGUCGAACAAAACGGAGUUCCUUUUGGCCUCCGUGGGCUUCUCUGUGGGCCUCUCUAACGUCUGGCACUUUCCUCGCCUGUGUUUCAACAAUGGAGGUGGUACUUUUCUCCUCAUCUACAUCUUCCUGAUGUUCUUGUUCGGCGUUCCUCUUCUGUUUCUGGAGAUGGGAAUUGGACAAAGGAUGGGACUGGGUAGCACCGGUGCAUGGAAGAACAUCAGCCCCUGGAUUGCAGGUUUAGGAUAUUCCAACUUCAUGGUGUGCUGUAUCGUGGGCUCAUACUACAGUGCACUAGUAGCCUGGUGUGUCUACUAUUUGUUUCAUUCUUUCCAUUUUCCUCUCCCUUGGACAUUGUGCCCCAUACUGAAGAACUCCAGCGAUCCUGAUCCUGAAUGCAUGCGGACAUCACCCAGCAAGUACUUCUGGUACCGGCAUGUCCUGAAGGCCUCAGAUAAAAUCAAGAUAGGUGGGCUGCCAGAUGACCAUCUUACUCUAUGCCUCUUUGGAACCUGGUUUAUUGUUGGCCUCUCCCUGAUGAAUGGACUGAAGUCCACUUCGAAGGUGCUGUAUGUCUCAGUGCUCCUCCCCUACAUCUUACUUUUCGGUUUUCUUGUGCGGAAUGUCCAACUGGAAGGCGCAAGUUUUGGUAUCAUGAUCUUAUUGGAUGCCAAGAUGUCUGUCCUGUACUCGCUGGAUAUGUGGCACCAGACAGUCAAGCAGAUAUUGUUUUCCUUGGGCUCCGGCUUUGGCAGCUAUGUGGCUAUCAGCUCCUAUAUGCCUCGGUCCAACAACUGCAUCUCUGAUGCCUUUGCCGUGGUUAUUUUCAACUUGAUUUUCUCUGUUGUUGCAACAGUGGUUAUAUUUGCCCUCAUGGGUCACAUGGCCACAGAAAACAUCAAAGAAUGUUAUCAGAGCAUCAUCGACGGGUUUUCUAAGCCCAGCAUCGUUGCCAUCCUCGUCUGUUUCUUGCUGUUGAACGUGGGACUGAGCACCUUGAUUGGGAUUAUGCAGGGCAUUGUUACGCCCAUCCAGGAUACACUCCCUGGUCCCUGGAAGCAAACAAAGUGGCUGACAGUGAGCAUCUGUAUGACCAUGUUCCUGGGCAGCCUCACUUUCAUGACCCCCUCGGGCAGCUAUCUCGUGAACUUGCUAGAUGAACACUGGCUUCCUCUGCCCCUCUUUGGCAUUAUUACCUUGGAGAUUGUGGCCAUUACCUGGCUCUAUGGGUCCAGGAGGUUCCUUGCAGACAUGAUCACCAUAAUGAACCGUCCCACCUGGCCAAUCUAUCGGUGGCUGUGGAGCUAUGUGAUUCUUCUUCUGCUACUGAUCCAGAUUCUGAAGAUACUGAGUCAGAUGCCCAUGUUGAACAUCACCUACUUAGCCUGGAACUCGAGCACUUCAAAGGAGGUGAUCCGAAAGUACCCGCCCUGGGCCAAGCAGUUGUGCACUUCCAUGAUCAUCUUCACCUUCUUGCCUCUCCCAGUCUACUUUCUGUAUCACAGCUUUCAAGUGCCACCCCCGGGCGCGCGCCAACCCCCUACGCCCCGGAGCCGAGCCGACCGGUCGCCUCCAGACUCCUCGCGCGGCGGUGGCGGGUAG